AUGCAGGGCAAGAGCAAACUCCUGGUGGUCCACAACGGGCGCAUGGGCCCGGCUGUGUCGGAUGGAGAGUUAAAUGCCUCCAGGGCCCGUGGCAGCAACCACAGUGUGAACAGCCUCCCAGCACCAGCCACCUGUGGCUCCACACAGGGGUCUGUGGUCAGCUGGGCCGAAUCCUUCGAGACGCUGCUGCAGGACCAUGUGGCUGUCACCUACUUCACUGAGUUCCUCAAGAAGGAGUUCAGCGCUGAAAACGUCUACUUCUGGCAGGCAUGUGAGCGCUUCCAGCAGAUCCCAGCCAGUGACACGCAGAAGCUGGCCCAGGAGGCACGGCGGAUCUACGAUGAGUUCCUCUCCAGCCACUCAGUCAGUCCUGUGAACAUUGACAAACAGGCCUGGAUUGGGGAGGACAUGCUGGCCACCCCCUCCCCAGACAUGUUUCGCAUCCAGCAGCUCCAGAUCUUUAACCUGAUGAAGUUUGACAGCUACACACGCUUUGUGAAAUCCCCGCUCUACCAGGCCUGCCUGCGGGCAGAGAGCCAAGGUCAGCCCCUGCCUGACCUGCGGCCCCACUCCCGCAGCAGCAGCCCCCCUCCUGACCUCAGCAAGAAGUCGAAGCUGAAGCCGGGCAAAUCCUUGCCACUGGGUGUGGAGACAGCGGGCAGUGGUGCCAACCACAGCCCCCGCCGGUCCUUCAGGAGGGCAGAGCGGCGGGAGCCCUCCUGGGCAGAGGGGGGAGAAGGCGGCAGGAGCGCCAUGAUGUGGCGGGAAUCCCAGGGCUCACUCAACUCCUCAGCCAGCCUGGACCUGGGCUUCCUCUCCUCGGCCAGCACAGCCACCAGCCCCUGGACAGAGGGCCAACGGAAGAGCCUGGGGGGCAGCGAGGCAGAGCUGCCAGCCAGGCCCAUGAAGUACUGCUGUGUGUACCUGCCCGAUGGCACGGCCUCGCUGGCCUCUGUCCGGCCUGGCCACUCCAUCCGCGACAUGCUGGCGGGGAUAUGUGAGAAGCGUGGCUUUAGCCUCCCUGACAUCAAGGUCUACCUGGUGGGGAAUGAGCAGAAAGCACUGGUGCUGGAUCAGGAGUGCUCCGUGUUGGCAGACCAGGAGGUGAAGCUGGAGAACAGGAUAAGCUUUGACCUGGAAAUCUCCUCCCUCAAUAAGACCAUCCGCAUCACAGCGAAGUCAACCAAGCGCAUCAGGGAAGCGCUGCAGCCCGUGCUGGGGAAGUACGGUGUGAGGAUGGAGCAGGCGCUGCUGCGGCGGCAAGGCGAGCUGGCUGCCCUGGACCUGGAGAAGCUGGUCAGCACAGUGUCUGCUCAGAAACUCGUCCUGGAAACGCCAGCAGACAUGCGAGUGAUGGAGAGCACAGAGGCUGCAGCUGCCCCUUCUCCGCUCCGAAGUGAGGAGGGAAGCCCAACAGGAGCAGAGCCUGACACGCGGUGGGAGAUGCCCUCCUCCUUCUCCCGGCCACGGUCUUCAGCCACCAUGAACCUCAACCGCCGCACGUAUGACCUGGAAGGGCUGGUGGAGCUACUGAACCGUGCCCAGAGCUGCCGGGCCAACGACCAGCGUGGGCUGCUCUCCAAGGAGGACCUGGUCCUGCCUGACUUCCUCCAGCUGCCUGUGCAGGAUGACAGUGCCUGUGAAGGAUCAAAUCAACCCUGUGCUGCCCACCCAGGCUCUGAGGGAAGCAGCCAUCCCCAGCCUGCAGAGCCUGCACUGGCUCAGCCUUCAUUCGACCACAAGUUCUGACGAGUCCUGCUGCACAUCCCCACCUGAUGUGUGGUAUCCCCAGGCCAUGCCAGGGUUCAACAUGGGGUCUGACCAGCCCCUGCCCUGCACCGCCGACACUGCCUGGACCACAGAUUCAUCCACGUCCUGUCCCAAACUGUUGUGUCGUGUCGCUGUGAGUGGCUGAGCAGCUGCCAUGCCCCUCCGUGGGGUCGCAUCCUGCACGUCAAGGGAGUCCUGUACAUAGUUUGAACCCCUGUUGCAAAGCACUUUGCAACAUCUUGUGCAUGCCUGGCACUAUCCUGCCCAGUGCCUCUGCCUGUGGCAGAGCUGCCUGCCCAGCACAUCCUGCCUGUGCCGGGCUGCCACAGCCCCACUCACCAUUUGGGUGGGGAAAGCACCCUUCCAGCUGAAGGGUGUGUAGGAUAGAGAGGGUGAGUGGGGUUUCAAGGCAGGCUCCAGCCCUGAACUCUGGUUCAGAGGCAGGCAGGGUCAGGAUGACAUAUGCCUGGAGCUGAGAGUCAGAUCCAGUCCCUGGCCCUGUGGAAACAGGGCUGUCCCAUUCAUGCGUGGGUCCACCCUUCUGGGGGAGGGUGAGCAUGGCCCUGCCAGCCUGUGCCCUGGGCAGGUCGAUACUGUCUGCGUUGCCUGAGUGUGGCCUGAUCCUGCCACAGUAGCUCUGCACAUGGUUCCUGCCCUGGGCAGACAGAGGCAGAGCCAGAAGAUUGUGCCAAAAAAGCCUCGCUCCUCCCUUCCAGAGACCCUAUGUGGGUGGCUGCUGAAGUGACCUACAGGAGCAAAUCCCCUUAGACCCCUUACCCCAUCCCAGCUGGGGCUGAGGGUGCUCAGCCUCAGGGACAGGUCUGCCUGAUGCCUGAGGAAUGCAGCACCCCUGGGUGCUGAGCACCUCAGCCUGGUGUGCAGGUGACCAGCAUGUGCCCAUCCUGUCAUUCUUGCCAACAGCUGUGCUGGGCUGUAGCUUUGAGCCCGGCUCUGCCAGUCCUGCAGAUCCCCAUGCUCAGCAGCCUGGUGUCCCCAGUGAUCUCAGACACAGUCUGCAAUAGAGACAACCCCCCAACAGCAGCCAGGAGAUCCCCCCAGCAUCUGUGUGUGCCAGGGCCCUUCCUGGCUGUGCCUUCGGUAACCGCUCCAUCACCACUGUCUGGCCAGAGGCAGAGGGGUGGCCCAGGGCUCCCAGGUUUGCCCAGGGAUGGGGGCAAGGCCACCGAACCCCAUGGUGCCACAGCCAGCUGUGGUCCCACAGCCCCAGUCAGAGCCCCUCUGUGUCCCCAUGGUGCUGCUUACUUCUGUCUGUGGUGUGAAACCAGGGGAAAUAAAGAGCAUUGCCUGGA